GGGGAGGAGGCCGUGACGCACUUCCUCCCGAGGUCCCUUUUGGAGGAGAGGAGCCUGGGCUCGGGCGCCAUCUUGGCCAGGCCUGGCCCUCCCUCGGUGGGUGUGUUGGGGGCUCCGACUCCCUCAGCCUCGCCCUCCUCAGGGCCGGAGCCUCUCGCCCCGCAGCCGGCUCCACCAGUUCUCCCAGGUCUCAUACUUUGACAGUCAUUUGAGGGAAGAGGUGGACACAUCUUUAUCCAUUUUGGCAGCAGCCUAGAAGCACAGAACCAAGAUGGAAGGGCAAAAGCAAGCUGCCACCCAGUUAGAAGUAUUUCCUUCUGCUGUUGAGGCAAAGAACAAUAGAACAUUCUGGGAGGACCCUUGGGGGAAAGACCAGGAGAACAAUCACUUCCAUUCAGACCUUCGGUGCCAGCACUUCCGGCAUUUCCGCUAUGAGGAGGCCUUGGGGCCUCGGGAGGUUUGCAGCCGCCUCCACUCUCUCUGCCGCCUGUGGCUGAAGCCAGAGCGACACUCUAAGGCAGAGAUGCUGGACCUGGUGCUCCUGGAUCAGUUCCUGGCCGUCCUUCCUGUGGAGAUGGAGCUCUGGGUGAGGGAAUGUGGGGCAGAGACCAGUUCCCAGGCCGUGGCUUUGGCUGAAGGAUUCCUCCUGAGUCAGGAAGAGGAGAGGAAGAGGGAGAAGCCCCAGGUGCAGGACCCUUUUGCAGAUGAGACCAGUCAGGUGGAGGAGUCUCCUUCAGACACCAUGUGCGUUGCCCAGACUGGAAAUGGAGCAUAUAUGACAGUUGGCAGUGAAAGAUGGGCAAUUGAUAGUAGCAUGGCAUUCCGUGAUUCUUUUCUAAGAAGAGAUUCUAUAGGACCAGGUCAGGUGACUUUUGAAGAUGUGUCUGUGGCUUUCUCAGAGGAGGAGUGGGCCCUCUUGGAUCCAAGCCAAAAAGCCUUGCACCAGGACGUCAUGGAGGAGAAUUUAGGGAUUGUGUCAUCUUUGGAGGAUACACCAUUUGAAUGUUUGGACUGUGGGAAACAUUUCUAUAGCAAGUUUGGCCUUGUUUUUCAUCACAGAACUCACACAAGAGAGACAUCAUUCAGAUGCCCAGAGUGUGAAAAGAGCUUCAGUCAGAAAUUAGACCUUGUUUGUCACCAAAAAACUCACACAGGAGAGAGAUUGUUUAAAUGCCGAGAGUGUGGAAAGAGCUUCAGUCAGAAAUCAGACCUUGUUUGUCAUGAGUCAACUCACACAAGAAAGAGACCAUUUAAAUGUUCAGGGCGUGGGAAGACCGUCAGUCGCAACUCACAUCUUCUUGGCCAUCAGGCAACUCACACAGGAGAGACACCAUUCAGAUGCCCAGAGUGUGGAAAGAGCUUCAGUCAGAAGGGAAUCCUUGUUCAUCAUCAAGCAACUCACACAGGAGAGAGACCAUUUAAAGGUUCAGAAUGUGGAAAGAGCUUCAGUCACAAACCACACCAUGUUUGCCAUCAGGCAACUCACACAAGAGUAAAGCCAUUUAAAUGUUUGCAAUGUGAAAAGAUCUUCACUCACAAAAGAAACCUUAUUAGUCAUCAGGCAAUUCACACAGGAGUAAAACAAUUUAAAUGCUUGCAGUGUGAAAAGAGCUUCAGUCGAAAAGGACACCUUAUUUACCAUCAGGCAACUCACACAGGAGUAAAGCCAUUUAAAUGCAUGCAGUGUGAAAAGAGUUUCAGUGAAAAGAGAAGCCUUAUUAGUCAUCAGAGAACUCACACAGGAGAGAAGCCAUUUAAAUGCAUGCAGUGUGAAAAGAGCUUCAGUGAAAAGAGAAACCUUAUUAGUCAUCAGGCAACUCACACAGGAGUAAAGCCAUUUAAAUGCAUGCAGUGUGAAAAGAGCUUCAGUGAAAAGAGAAACCUUAUUAGUCAUCAGGCAACUCACACAGGAGUAAAGCCAUUUAAAUGCAUGCAGUGUGAAAAGAGCUUCAGUGAAAAGAGAAACCUUAUUAGUCAUCAGGCAACUCACACAGGAGUAAAGCCAUUUAAAUGCAUGCAGUGUGAAAAGAGCUUCAGUGAAAAGAGAAACCUUAUUAGUCAUCAGGCAACUCACACAGGAGUAAAGCCAUUUAAAUGCAUGCAGUGUGAAAAGAGCUUCAGUGAAAAGAGAAACCUUAUUAGUCAUCAGGCAACUCACACAGGAGUAAAGCCAUUUAAAUGCAUGCAGUGUGAAAAGAGCUUCAGUGAAAAGAGAAACCUUAUUAGUCAUCAGGCAACUCACACAGGAGUAAAGCCAUUUAAAUGCUUGCAGUGUGAAAAGAGCUUCAGUCGAAAGGGACACCUUAUUCGUCAUCAGGCAACUCACACAGGAGUAAAGCCAUUUAAAUGCUUGCAGUGUGAAAAGAGCUUCAGUCGAAAGGGACACCUUAUUCGUCAUCAGGCAACUCACACAGGAGUAAAGCCAUUUAAAUGCUUGCAGUGUGAAAAGAGCUUCAGUCGAAAGGGACACCUUAUUUGUCACCAGGCAACUCACACAGGAGUAAAGCCAUUUCAAUGCUUACAGUGUGAAAAGUGCUUUAGUCAAAAGGGAAGCCUUGUUAACCAUCAGGCAAUUCACACAGGAGAAAAGCCAUUUAAAUGCUUGCAGUGUGAAAAAAGCUUCAGUCAAAAGAAAAUCCUUAUUAGUCAUCAAGCAACUCACACAGGAGUAAAGUCAUUUCAGUGCUUGCAAUGUGAAAAGAGCUUUAGUCACAAGCACGUCCUUAUUCGUCAUCAGGCAACUCACACAGGAGUGAAGCCAUUUCAAUGCUUGCAGUGUGAAAAGAGCUUCAGUGAUAAGAGAAGCCUUAUUAGUCAUCAGGCAACUCACACAGGAGUGAAGCCAUUUCAAUGCUUGCAGUGUGGAAAGAGCUUCAUUGAUAAGAGAAGCCUUAUUAGUCAUCAGGCAACUCACACAGGGGUGAAGCCAUUUAAAUGCUUGCAGUGUGGAAACAGCUUCAGUGAAAAGAGAAACCUUAUUAGUCAUCAGGCAACUCACACAGGGGUGAAGCCAUUUAAAUGCUUGCAGUGUGAAAACAGCUUCAGUCGAAAGGGACAGCUUAUUAGUCAUCAGGCAACUCACACAGGAGUGAAGCCAUUUAAAUGCUUGCAGUGUGAAAAGAGCUUCAGUGAAAAGAGAAGCCUUAUUAGUCAUCAGGCAACUCACAUAGGAGUGAAGCCAUUUAAGUGCUUGCAGUGUGAAAAGAGCUUCAGCCAAAAGAGAAACCUUAUUUGUCAUCAAGCAACUCACACAGGAGUAAAGCCCAUUUAAAGGCUCCGUGUGUUGAAAGAGCAUCAGUUACAAGCAUGUCUUUAGUCAAGGAAAUCACACGGUGGAAAAAAAAAAUCCAGUGUGGAAAGAGCUACAGUUGAAAUACAAACCUUUUUUAAUUGCCAACCCACAAGGUAAAAAUCGGUUAAAGGCAUUAAUCUUUGUCAUACAAACACUGAGUUAAAAAGCCGCGGCCUUAGGGGGCAAUAAUAACCUGAUCAAUUUUCUUUGAUGAAAUAUCUCAUUAAGCAUAAUUGAUAGAAUCAUAGAAUCAUAGAAUAGUAGAGUUGGAAGAGACCACAUGGGCCAUCUAGUCCCACCCCCUGCUAAGAAGCAGGAAAUCGCAUUCAAAGCACCCCCGACAGAUGGCCAUCCAGCCUCUGCUUAAAAGCCUCCAAGGAAGGAGUCUCCACCACGGCCCCGGGGAAAGAGUUCCACUGUCGAACAGCUCUCACAGUGAGGAAGUUCUUCCUGAUGUUCAGGUGGAAUCUCCUUUCCUGUAGUUUGAAGCCAUUGUUCCGUGUCCUAGUCUGCAGGGCAGCAGAAAACAAGCUUGCUCCCUCCUCCCUUUGACUUCCCUUCACAUAUUUGUACAUGGCUAUCAUGUCUCCUCUCAGCCUUCUCUUCUGCAGGCUAAACAUGCCCAGCUCUUUAAGCCGCUCCUCAUAGGGCUUGUUCUCCAGACCCUUAAUCAUUUUAGUCGCCCUCCUCUGGACGCUUUCCAGCUUGUCAACAUCUCCCUUCAACUGUGGUGCCCAAAAUUGGACACAGUAUUCCAGGUGUGGUCUGACCAAGGCAGAAUAGAGGGGGAGCAUAACUUCCCUGGAUCUAGACGCUAUUCCCCUAUUGAUGCAGGCCAGAAUCCCAUUGGCUUUUUUAGCAGCCGCAUCACAUUGUUGGCUCAUGUUUAACUUGUUGUCCACGAGGACUCCAAGGUCUUUUUCGCACACACUGCUGUCAAGCCAGGCGUCCCCCAUUCUGUAUCUUUGAUUUCCAUUUUUUCUGCCGAAGUGAAGUAUCUUGCAUUUGUCCCUGUUGAACUUCAUUUUGUUAGUUUUGGCCCAUCUCUCUAGUCUGUCAAGAUCGUUUUGAAUUCUGCUCCUGUCUUCUGGAGUGUUAGCUAUCCCUCCCAGUUUUGUGUCGUCUGCAAACUUGAUGAUCGUGCCUUCUAACCCUUCGUCUAAGUCGUUAAUAAAGAUGUUGAACAGAACCGGGCCCAGGACGGAGCCCUGCGGCACUCCACUUGUCACUUCUUUCCAUGAUGAAGACGACGCAUUGGUGAGCACCCUUUAGGUUCGUUCGCUUAGCCAAUUACAGAUCCACCUAACCGUAGUUUUGUCUAGCCCACAUUUUACUAGUUUGUUUGCCAGAAGGUCGUGGGGGACUUUGUCGAAGGCCUUACUGAAAUCCAGGUACGCUACAUCCACAGCAUUCCCUGUAUCAACCCAACUCGUAACUCUAUCGAAAAAAGAGAUCAGAUUAGUCUGGCAUGACUUGUUUUUGGUAAAUCCGUGUUGACUAUUAGCAAUGACCGCAUUUGUUUCUAAUUGUUCGCAGACCACUUCCUUAAUGAUCUUUUCCAGAAUUUUGCCUGGUAUUGAUGUGAGGCUGACCGGACGGUAAUUGUUUGGGUCGUUCUUUUUUCCCUUCUUGAAGAUAGGGACCACAUUCGCCCUCCUCCAAUCUGCUGGGACUUCUCCCGUUCUCCAAGAACUCUCGAAGAUAAUUGCCAGUGGUUCUGAAAUAACUUCCGCUAGUUCCUUCAGUACUCUUGGGUGUAGCUGAUCUGGCCCUGGGGACUUGAAUUCGUUUAGAGAGGCCAAGUGUUCCUGGACAACUUGUUUCCCUAUUUGGGGUUGGAUUUCCCCCAAUCCUUCGUCCAUUCCGUGUUGCUGAGGUUGAAGAUGGCUUUCUUUUUCUGAGAAGACCGAGGCAAAGAAGGCAUUAAGUAGUUCUGCCUUUUCCCUGUCCCCUGUCGCCAUCACCCCAUCUUCUCCUUGCAAUGGCCCUAUCGCCUCCUUUUUCUUCCUUUUUCUACCAAGGUAAGCAAAAAAGCCUUUUUUGUUGUAUUUUAUGUCCCUGGCAAGCCUGAGCUCAUUUUGCGCUUUAGCCUUGCGAACCUUUUCCUUAUAGGUGUUGGCUAUACGUUUGAAUUCUUCUUUGGUGAUUUCUCCCCUUUUCCACUUCUUGUGCAUGUCACUUUUGAGCUUUAGCUCAGUUAGAAGUUCUUUGGACAUCCAUUCUGGCUUCUUUGCACUUGUCUUAUUUUUCUUCUUUGUUGGCACUGUUUGCAUUUGCGCCUUGAGUAUUUCACUUUUGAAAAACUCCCAUCCAUCCUUAACUCCCUUGUUUUUUAAUAUCGGCAUCCAUGGAAUGCCGCUCAGUAAUUCCUUCAUUUUUUGGAAGUCAGCUCUCUUAAAGUCCAGAAUGCGUGUUUGACUUGUCUUAGUUUCAGCAUUCCUUUGUACUGCAAACUGCAGGAGCACAUGGUCACUUGCCCCUAAGGAUCCAACCACUUCAACUGUAUUGAUCAGGUCUUCCACAUUUGUUAAGAUUAGAUCAAGAGUUGCUGAUCCCCUUGUUGCCUCUUCUACCUUCUGGACCAUAAAAUUAUCUGCAAGGCAAGUGAGGAAUUUGUUGGACUUUGUACUCUUGGCUGAGUUUGUUUUCCAGCAGAUAUCGGGAUAAUUGAAAUCGCCCAUGACUACUAUAUCUCUUCUUUGUGCCUGUUUGGUCAGCUGUUGACAGAAGGCUUCAUCAAGUCCUUCAUCCUGACUCGGAGGUCUGUAGUAGACACCCACGACAAGAUCUUUUUGAGUCCCGGUUCCCUUGAUUAUUAUCCAGAUGCUUUCAAGCUGGUUUCCCGGAUUACAGUCUUGCAUUUCUUCUGCAACGUAACUGUUUUUGACAUAUAAAGCUACUCCCCCUCCUCUCCCCUUUGUUCUAUUUCUGUGAAAGAGGUUAUAGCCCUCAAUGGUUAAAUUCCAGUGAUGGGAGUCAUCCCACCAGGUUUCAGUGAUGCCUAUGACAUCGUAUGUGUGGUGCUGUGCUAGGAGUUGGAGUUCGUCUUGCUUAUUUCCCAUGCUCUGAGCAUUAGUGUAAAGACAUGUAAGCCCCUGUGACCUCCCCUCGAACUGUUUAUUUGGGAUUAUUGUGCUCUCUGUACUUGGUCCUUGCCCUCCGUUUAGCCUUUCGGCGGUUCCCUGUGGUCGUGGGUAAUAUAGUGUUCGCCAGGCUGUUGUUCCCCUCCCCCAGUGGAUCUAGUUUAAAGUGCGCCUGAUGAGGUUUGUGAGUCUGUGUGCAAAAAGAUGUUUUCCUACUUGUGUGAGAUGCACCCCAUCGCUUGCCAGUAGUCCAUCCUCUUGGAAGAGUAGACCAUGGUCAAGGAAGCCAAAAUGCUCCUCUUGACACCAUUUUCUGAGCCAGUUAUUGACCUGUACUAUUUUUCCGGCCCUUGUAGAGCCGUGUCCUACAACAGGGAGGAGGGAUGAAAAGAUCACAUGUACAUUAUACAGUUUUAGCUUUGUUCCCAGAGCUCGAAAAUCAUUUGUGAUCUUUUGAAAAGUAUGCCUAGCGGUGUCAUUGGUACCUACAUGAAUCAACAUAAGGUGGGGAGGGUGAUGGGGCUUUAGGAGCCUGCUGAGCCUCUGAGUGAUAUGGUGUAUUUUUGCCCCCGGGAGGCAGCAUGUUUCUCGAGCCAUCCCAUCCGGUCUGGAAAUGAUGGCUUCCGUUCCUCUAAGGAGGGAGUCACCUACUACCAAGACCUGUUUCCUUUGAGGAUUGACAGGGUCCCUUUUGUGCAAGACAGUGUGUAUGUCCCCUGAAGAGUGUUCCUGUUGAAGUGAAUCAUGUAGGUGUAAAGUGUUGUCCUCCUCCUCAACAUCCCCAGUGCAUUCAUCAAUGACAAUCCAUUGAGAUACAUCCGAGAGCCCAUUACUCUCCCAAGGAUGUUCCUGUUGCUCCUGGUCUAUGAUUGGGGAUGGAGCAUUUGCAUGAUUACAUAAGUGUGACUGUGGUGAUGCACUGUCCCCGUCAGGACUAUCCCCUGCGCAUUGAUCCAGGGUGGUCCACUGAGUGGUAUCUAAGAAACUGUGGUCCUCCACAAGAUGUGUUUCCUGAUUGUAUGUUAAUGAUGUAAGAAUUUCAAAUCUGUUGUGUAAAUGCAGCUGAGCAGAGGAGUUCUGCGGAGGCUGCCUGGUCCUGCGUCUCCUUCUAUGGGUGACCUCCUUCCAAGCCUGAGGGUUGUCUACCUUUGAGUUGAUCUCCCCAUAAGGUAUUAUGAUAUUAUUUUGAGAGCUAAAGAAAAGAUAUUUCUGAUUUUUCAUCCAUUCAUGCAUUCUGGUUACUGCAAAUAUUUCCUGUCAUAUAUAUAUUCAGGGUUAAAAAUACAUUUAAUUGAGUCGUUAGGUGAGAAGUGUGGGAUUGGGUUUGAUUAAUGAUUAACAGCUCUGUCUACCAUGUAAUUCUAUGUAUGUGGGACUGGAUUUUCUUUUCAAAAAAUCUAUAUCUAUAUAUAUAAUAAAAGUGAAUGUUUGUA